UCGUUCUAAACGAGAGUUUGUCCUCCAUGUUGAUUUCGGGAAGAAUCUAGAAGCGUGAGAUAUCCAUGUGUUAGUAAUCCAUCCCGAAUCUACACCUUGUCGUUGCAUCCUUGACUGUCGCCAGUCAAAAUGAACAGAGGAGGGUCGAUAGCGUUUGAUGAAUAUGGACGGCCAUUCAUUAUCUUGAAAGAUGAAGAAUCCAAGAGCCGGUUAUCCGGUAUUGAGGCUCACAAGUCUCACAUUUUGGCAGCAAAAUCAGUUGCAAACAUCCUGAAGACUUCUCUGGGCCCAAAGGGUCUGGACAAAAUGAUGCAGUCUCCAGAUGGGGACCUCACAAUCACAAAUGAUGGAGCCACCAUUUUAGACAUGAUGGAUGUUGACCAUCAAAUUGCAAAGUUGAUGGUACAAUUAUCCAAGUCACAAGAUGAUGAAAUUGGAGAUGGAACCACCGGGGUUGUUGUGCUAGCAGGUGCUCUGUUGGAGCAGGCUGAGCAACUUCUAGACCGAGGCAUUCAUCCGAUCCGUGUUGCUGAUGGUUAUGAGAUGGCAGCUAAUGUGGCAGUAGAGGAACUGAAUAGGAUAAGCGAGACAUUCGGUGUGAAUCUCAAAGAAUCGGAACCACUUGUCAAACUGGCAAUGACAACACUUGGCUCAAAAAUUGUAAACCGAUGCCACCGGCAGAUGGCAGAAAUUGCAGUGAAUGCAAUCAUGUCUGUUGCCGACCUGGACAGAAAGGAUGUGGACUUCGAGCUGAUCAAAAUUGAGAGCAAAGUUGGAGGAAAGCUGGAGGACACUAUGCUGGUCAAGGGAGUCAUAGUGGACAAGGAUAUGAGCCAUCCCCAGAUGCCCAAGAUGGUCAAGGAUGCCAAGAUCGCCAUUUUGACCUGUCCCUUUGAGCCCCCAAAGCCCAAGACUAAGCACAAGCUUGAUGUCAAGUCCGUAGAAGACUACAAGAGGCUUAGGGAAUAUGAAGUAAAGAAGUUUGAAGAUAUGGUUCAGUCUGUUAAGGACAAGGGAGCUAAUCUAGUCAUCUGCCAGUGGGGCUUUGAUGAUGAAGCCAACCACCUGUUGCUGCAGAAGAAGUUACCAGCUGUUCGUUGGGUCGGUGGGCCUGAAAUCGAGUUGAUCGCCAUAGCAACUGGAGGUAGAAUCGUUCCACGGUUUGAAGAGCUGACCCCUGAGAAGCUGGGAAGUGCUGGCAUCGUGAAGGAGUUGAACUUUGGAACAACCAAAGAGAGAAUGUUGGUCAUUGAGGAGUGCAAGAACUCGAGAGCGGUCACCAUCUUCAUCAGGGGAGGCAAUAAGAUGAUUGUGGAGGAAGCUAAGCGAAGUCUUCAUGAUGCCUUGUGUGUAAUCCGAAACAUCGUCCGAGACAACCGUGUUGUAUACGGAGGUGGAGCUCCCGAGAUCGCCUGCUCACUAGCUGUGUCUAAAGCUGCAGAUAAGAUUUCAACUCUAGAGCAAUAUGCAGUGCGUGCCUUCUCUGAAGCUUUGGAAAGCAUUCCUUUGGCAUUAGCAGAAAACAGUGGUCAGGCCCCAAUCCACACGCUAGCCGAUGUGAAAUCUCGACAAGUCAAGGAGAAGAACCCUAGGCUUGGCAUCGACUGUCUCUUGAAAGGAACAAAUGAUAUGAAGGAACAGAACGUGAUUGAGACCCUAACUGCCAAGAAGCAGCAGCUGCUAUUAGCCACACAACUGGUUAGGAUGAUCCUCAAGAUUGACGACAUCCGAGCACCAAAUGAAAUGUGAUCAUAUCAGGACUGUGUAGGACUCCAAUCUAUUUAUUUCACUUGACAUUGCUUUCCACUACUCGUGGAGACAGUCUCAGGCAUUCAUGGCCAAGUCUCUUAAUUCCUGCCUGCCGAAUGUUGAAAUGCCAACACCAGCCAGUUGGUCAUUAAUAUUGAGGAUAAUGUUAUGCCUAGGGACUUGUCAAGUGACCGCUGCAUCAUCAGUGCUAUUUCUUCUGUUUCAUGUUUUGCAAACAUUGUGUGAUUUCUUUUGUGUACAUACAUGUCUUUUUGUACAACAUUCACAGCAAAUAUACAGAUUAAAAGAAAAACAGGAA